UUUUAGAAAAAUUAAAUUGGUUUCGAGUAGAACAUUCAAAACUACAAUUAUUUGCCCAUUCUAAGAUCCCUGUACUGGUCAUCGAAUAAAACUCACCCUGUAUAAUCUGAAAAGUUUCUUCACGAAAUAAAAGUCACUUUUCAUUUCUAAUAAUCGUAAUGAAUAACCGCGAUAAACUGAAGUGGUUUACAGGAAUUUUACAUAGUCAAAGAGUGCUUGCAGAAGUUACUGAAAUGAUCAGAACCAGUAAUAUUCUGCAUAACAGUGUCUUAAAUAUUAACACUAACGAUGUAGAAGAAUACUCAGAUCUGAACUUUGGAAAUACUCUGAGCUUGCUGACAGGUAUCUUCAGCUUUGCAACUAAUAAAAACAGACCUUUACCGGCUAAACCGCUCGAGGAGUCAUCCGAAAUAAUAAUUCCUAAUGAAUUUGGAACUGCUCCGUUAAAAGUGAAGGAAGUUCUUGGAAAUGCCAAAGCCGAAUGGACUCUUAGACACUUUUUAGGAAGUGGUAGCUUGUUAGCAAAAAGUUGCCAAGCUGCUUUAAAAUUAGCUAAUCAUCCUGAGGAAUUUCAAAAACUGGGAUACCUAUUUGGAAGAAACAUGGCUCUAGGAUGGCAAGCGUAUUUCGACUUGGAAUGUUUCGAGGAAGGGUGCAAAAAACCAUUUGAUCUGAUAUCGGCUCCGAUCUUGUUCCAUUUACAACAUGAUCCUGAUUUCUACGCAGAAAUUCUAAAAGGCUCUGAAGACGUACGGAACUGUGACUAUGAUAGGAUAAGGGAAUUGGUGCAAUCGGGACCUGGGCUUGAAAUGACUCGCCAAUUAAAGCAAAAUUUUGUAAAGAACUGUUUUGAUAUAUUAGACGAAUUCCGAGCAACGGACGCAAAACGAGCUUUAGUAAAUAUAUUAAAGGUUUUAUAAUGUUCAUUGUAACUGUAAAUUUUGAGUACUGAUAAUCUGAAAUGUGUACAAUACGAGUUUGUUAUUUUCCAAUCUUUACACUGUGAUAUGUGCAAUAAAUAUUGGACAAAGCCAUUUUAAGUAUAAAUUUCAAAUGUUUUAUCAGAAAUUAA